GCAAAUCCAAAUCUUCUAUGUUUUUACAAUCUGUAUUCUUAAUCUCAAGCUUCUAGCUUAUAUAGUUCCUGAGAUCUCAAAGUUCAUACGGACGAAUUACACAGCUGAGAAGGCGCCGUAGAGUUCAAUUUUGUCUCCAAAUUUGACAUGAUUACACUUAACUAUUUUAUGAACUGCUUGCACCCAACAUCCAUUCUUCUUCAAUCAUGACCGAACCUAAUUUCAAAACUUCCUGAUUUUCCCACUCAAAAUUAGAUACCCACAUACCCAAUCCAGCAUUUUUCUGUGGUAACUCUGAGCCCAAAUUUUAGAGCAGGACGCAACAUACGUCAACGGCAUGCCUGGAAACAUGAAAAAAUCCUUGAACAUAUCGACGGACCAGGAGUGCAGUAGCCCGAGCAUAUGGCUGCAUGUCUGGCAAAGUGUGGCACAAAUAACUGGAAUAACUGCUGCCAAGUCAAUGCCACAUUAUCGGAAACCGAAGUUGCUGAAGCGAGCAGGGGACUGCGGGGGACGAGGAUAAGUGGAGACACGACAACGGUGGAGCUACCAUUAGAAGAGGCCUUGUACAAGGACGUGGGACAGGGGCCGGAGAUUGAGGAGGAGGAGCCGAAUGAGGAGGAAGUGGCUUCAGUUGUCUCGCAAUUGCUUAGGCAUUCCUGCAGCUUACCAAGGCCGCAUUUUGUGUGGCACAGUGGGUAUAAGAUUAGGUUUUUCCUCCUAUGACUUUUCUAAUUCAAAAUUUAAAGCGUUUGGUUUUUCAAAUCCUGUUCCUCAGUUCAGUGCUCUCCGUGUCCCUGCACUCCCGACCAUGGCAAUAGUACCAAUUUCCAACAUCCACUCUAUAC